AUGGUCUAUUCACCUAGCAUUUACCUCAUUUCUGCUGCUGUAGCCAUCGCAACAACUUUGCGGAUGCAACAAACUUCUGCCUCGUCACUAUACUACGCGACGUACACUACGGCGGAAAACAUGGAUGUGCUCAGCAGUUCAUUUCCUGGUGCUGGAACUGAUGUUCCUGAAGAAAACUAUGCUUACGAGGUUAACAUUGACCCGACACUUCCAGAUAUCAACACAAUUUCGAAGGUACCCGUGAUGGAUCCACAGUUGUUAACCAAUAAGACGAACGAAGUGGGCUUUGUUGUGUCCGAGAAGGUGGGAGUUGCUGUGUUAGUGGUGGACUCUCAAGAAGAUGACGAUGCUUACGCUUACGUGAAUACAUCGUCUCUUACGGCGCUGUCAUUUGAAAACGAAAAGUCUACAGACUGCGCUACUGGCUGGGAGAAUCAUGAUACUUCCAUGCCGGAAGAAAGUGAACACCAUGAGCAGAGUCGUCGCCUUGAGGCUUAUUCGAACAGAGACCUUGUAAGAGUCGAAAAGUUUUUUAAUGUCAAGUUGGAGCUUCAACUCAGUAAACUUCCAACUGAGUCAAAGCACUUAACGGCACCGUGGCCUGCUCCAUACUGGCCAGCGUACCAGGACAGCAUCAAUGUUGUCUUGAAACCGGGAACCUUAAGUCCUGCUGCGAAAUACGCUACCGCCUUUGGUUUGGAUGUCACCGCGUUUAUGGACGGAAUUUCUGCGAAAUACGGUAUUGACUCGAGGAUAAAUGCUACCCAGUGCACGAAAACCGAUCAAUGUACUAAAAGUCAAUUCAAAUCAGAAUGUUAUAAGCGUGCGAACAAGACCGAAGGCCGCUGUAUCCCUCAGUGGUUUGGUAUCUGUCACGCUUGGUCGGCAGCAGCUAUUGCGGAGCCCGAGCCCAGAUGCCCCGUGACACACAAUGGAGUGACGUUUCAGCCAAUUGAUAUUAAAGACAAAGUUGAAAGAGAUGAAUUUGGUCGCCCUAAGGAUCCCGCUUUUCGUGACUUGAAUCCUGCAUUCUUUCACAUUGUUGCUGCCAAUCUUCUUGGCACGCUUGGGGUUUCAUUUGUCGCAGACGUCUCAGCAGAUCAAGCAGUUUGGAACCAGCCUGUACGUGGUUUCAAGGUGUACGAGCAGACUGCCAUGUCACUUGAGGAAGCAGCAAAGACUUUUUACGGAAUGGAAAAGUACCCAUGGAAUGAAGCUGCUGCGAGCAUCGUAUACAUGAAGACACGUUUCUCGUGGGUGAUCGAGUCGUACGAAGAUGGCCCUCUAGUAUCUACUGGAAUCAUUGACAAGUACACGACUGGUAUGUAUUACUACUAUCUUCUUGAAUUGGAUAUCAAAGGAGAACUUGUUGGCGGCGAAUGGGUCUAUCUAUCAGACAUGUUCCACCUUGACUUCAUGUGGCUAUUGCGGUGGAAACCUCCCAUCGAUGCUGUGACCAGCACGCAUAUCAGCUACAAGGAAGUAAGCAUGCUCUUGAAAAAGUCAGUGGAAUGCACUGACUCUCCUGCGGGCAUGAAUGGGACAAACGUGCCGUCAAACUAA